ACCGAACAGCAGAUGUGAGCACACCGAAGUGAUGAGUGGAGCAUUUCAGCAGUGGCAACCACAGCAUGAAAGAUGAGCCACAUUCCAGAUCACUGGCCACUGCUGUCACACCACAAAAUGAAGAGCAUCUUGACCAGUUAGUCUACACAAACUGGCUAAUUGUGCUGCCUGUUGUUUCCAAACAAGAACGCUAUCGUUUCAAACUUCCCCCAUUAUUUUGAGGAAGCAUACACAAACCCGUGCGCCACCGCUCCUUCACUACACUCACUUUAAUCGACAGCUUGCUGCAAGCUCAGACUAACAAGAAACAAAGAGGCCUCAGCAGGCUCCCGAAGGCUCCUCCCCACUGGACAGCCCAGCUCUCAGCUGUGUCGAAGGGCGGAAGUACGAGCCGCAGUAGGGAGGCAGGCGCUGCGCCCCUAUUCUCUGCCCCAUCCUGCUGCGGGCCGUGCGACCCACGCUGCGGAGAGGCUCAGGCGGCCCCGGCAGAACAGCAGCUAUUUGAUUAGCAAGAUGAAGCUUGCUAAGCUGCACUAUUGGAUUUUGGGUUGUUUUUUCAUGGCAUCAUGUUGUUGGUGUACUUCAGAUAAAUUCCCUCAAAGUGAUAGCCAUAAUCACACCUGGAAGAAGCUGUAUCUUGCUCACCAUUGGCCAGUGACUGUAUGCAAGAUGAGUGCUAAUGAUUGUCAAGACCCUCCAGACUACUGGACAAUUCAUGGACUGUGGCCUGACAAAGGUGAAGAAUGUAAUAGGACGUGGCAUUUCAACGUCACAGAGAUUAAGGAUCUUAUGUCAGACAUGAGACGCUACUGGCCUGAUGUGAUUCAUUCAUCUCUGAAUCGUACCCACUUCUGGAAACAUGAGUGGGAGAAGCAUGGCACUUGUGCAGCCUCGCUUCCAAUCCUUGAUUCUCAGAAGAAAUAUUUUAGUAAAACCCUGGAACUCUACCAGCGUGUUGACCUUAAUGGUUUUCUUCUGAAAGCUGGGAUAAAGCCAGGCAGUACAUACUACCAGAUGGCUGAUAUAAAGGAAGUGCUUACAAAACUUUAUGGUGUUACACCAAAGAUCCAGUGUCUUCCUCCAGAAGAGAGUGAAAAAGCACAAACGCUUGGUCAGAUUGAAUUCUGCUUCACCAAGGAAUUGAAUCUGAGGAACUGCACAGAGCCGAAGGGUGAAUCCAGCCAAAUGCACACCAACUUACAGCUUGUGACAGAGGAGUUAUCUGUCUGCAAUGACACUCUCCCAGUCUAUUAUCCUUCACAAGUUCAAGAUUACAAAUGGAGCCUCAAAAGCUUGAAAAACUUCUUCAACAAAACAAAUUAACAACAACAAUCCCUUAAAGUCAUACCUUGGAAAGCAAUUUUGACUUAGCAAUAUUACAAAACCUUGCCUGUAUCAGGUAUUCUGAGGACAUUUCUGCUGGGGGAAAAGAAAACCAAAAAACUGCUUUGACCAUUAUAAAAGAAUAGUUCACAUUGUAAUACCAGCUAUGUAGACUGAAGUCUUGAAUUUCUGGUCUAAUACAGAUAAAAUCAGAAUCUGAUUUAGAGCUUUGUCUAUGCUUCUUGGCUUAUUUUGUUUAAUUUGAAUCAGUGUUCAAAUGAGCUGUGACGACUUACAGUUCAAUCUGCCACUUCAGCCACAUGUCUUUUUGGCAGUGACUCAGGGUAGCUAAGUUAUUCUUUGUUUUUAAAAAGAUGCUUAUCAACUUGAUGACAAUUUAUUGAAGGGAAUAUUGUAAAAUGGAAGAACUUGAGAUCUGUCUGGUGCUUUAUGUAAGUAUGUUCUCCAGAAGCACUGAACUACUGAAAUUCUGUAGCAUUACAGCCCCAUUCUGUAGCAUUAAACCUUUCCUCACUCAUAUCACAGGUGCCUGAAAAUGACAACCUUUUAACAGCUACAACUUACUGGCAUCUGUAAAAGAACCCCAAGAUUGUAUUUGUGCCUUCACCUGCUCAUAGGUUGAUUUUGGUACAGUGACUAAUACCAUCAUGAAGAGUGACUGAUUUUAAAUUGUCUGCUAUUAUAGGAAAAUAAUAUUGGACUCUAGAAACAUUCUUAAUUUUUAACAAACUUGAACAGUUAGCACUUCCAUGGAAGUAUAUGCCUGAAAUUCUGUUUAAAAAUAAGAUUGUCAUAUAAUCACUUGGUUCUGAGAAACAGCUUUUUAUAGGCAAGCAGGAAAUACUGCAGGGAUUUCGGUGAAAAGUACAAAUGUGCAAUGGUGUUUUUAAUCCCAUAACAAUAACUAGCCAUGAAGUUGCAUGCUUCCAAGUAGAACUGAUUUAGAUGAGAUCCUCCACACAGUGCUAUGGUGAUGCAGGUGUCUCAAAAUUGUCUUUGAAGGACAAUUACAACUCAAAGAACCAUCUGUUAGAAAAAUGUAUUACUGCAAAAAUAGUAAAAGCAUUGCUAAGGACAAAUGUAUGAUUUCUCUUAGGUUUAGAAACCAUUCAUAUUUAUUUUGCUUGUCCCUGUACCUCUCCUUUAAGGCUGUUACCUUGCCAUUCCAGAGUACUGUUGUUGGUUUUUUUUUGGGGGGGAGAAGGGGGUUCAAGUCUUCUCUAGAACUUUGAAUUCUUUAUUUUUUUUUUAAUAAUGAGAUUGGGUAUGAUCUGCAUUUUAGCAUGUCAACACUUCAGUGGAGUGAGGGUUUUUUCUUUCAAACUUCUUUCCUUCCCGAGUCAAGGAGUAUACUAAUGUAACAGAUCUGGAAUAUUCUGUACAACCUUUAAAAUCAACAGUGAAAAAGUUAUCCUUUUAUUCUUUCUCCCUAUACCAUUAUUGUUGUAAUGGAAAUACUCAAAAUUGAUUUUUGACAUCAAAAAUAUGAAAUUCUGAAGGGAAAAGGCAGAGGAUGUUGCAUGUGGUACUUCUUGUAUUCUUGUAAAGAGGUAUAAGUUCACUGCUGUUUUAAUACAUUAGUGUUUUUGGGUGAACUGAUUUCAAGGAGUUUAUGAUUAUAUUAAAUUUUAGGGUUUUUUUCAGUGACUUUUGGCUGAAAUUCACUUUUACAUCUUUUUUGAAGUGUAACGGGAUCAAUCCUGCUCUUGAUUCAAUGAGAACUUUGCAUGCAUUUCUGAGCGGAAGGUGACUCAAAGACCAGAAAUUAUCUGUUGUGCACUGGUAUUUUUGGCCAUGUUUCAGGGAGUGCUCUGAUCCAGUAUUUUCUCUGGGGUUGACUUUAAUAAUUGUGUAAUAGUCUGAUAAGAACAGUGAAGAGCGCAUUAUAAAACUUCUGUAUGUGUAUAUGUUUAUGUAUGCAUUGUAUAUGAUAUCAUGUCUGUUUGCAAUUAAGAGUACCAAUACAGCUUGAUUAUGAAUACAGUUCUCGAUUAGAACAAUUGACUUCUCAAAAUCUCUGGAUGUUGUCAUCUUGGGAGCAAGGGUCAGCACAAGAAAAAAGACAAAAUCCGUAAUGGUACACUCUCCUGUCAGAUGAAUGAUUGCUGGGUGUACUGGUUAUUUUAAUUCCUUGUUCCUCUCAAUGGCUGAAGGAAACCUCAAAUAGAAGCAAUAGGAAUAUUGCUGGUUUUUGUACAGGCUUAAUGGAAGCUUGAGUCAAUAGCCUCUUUUUUUUUUUUUUAAUUGUAGUAUAAAUUGUUUUCCUUUAUAUCUCCAAAUAAUGCCUAGGGAGACAAAAUAUAUUAUGUACAAAAUCUUCACAGUUCAAAUGUAAUGCAUUAGUUUAAGCAAAGCUGACAGCUGCAAAUACUGGCUUCAGGAAGAAGUAGUGCAGGCACAGCCUUCACAGUGUGAUGCUACACAUUCAAGCUGAUUCUUACAAAAUAGUCAGCAGAUCAAGACAAAUCAAAACUAUUGACCUCUGCAGGAGAACAGACAGUGCAGCUGCCAUAUACUUCUCAGCCUUCUGUUCAAAUGCAAGCAAUGUACGGGAGCUGCUAAGUUCUAGAACUUAGUGGAGAAACUGUACCCUCUGAAAUGGGAGAGGGAGGAAGGGAGGCUUCAAAGCCAAUAGCAUGCUGAACAAGAAUCCUGCUACUGAAUGAGAAAAUGAUUGAUGAAGGCUAGGUCAAGGUGAACUAAAAAUAAAUCACAGACAGAAUCUCAGUGUGGCUGAGGCUGGAAUGGACCCUUGGUGUGUCUGGUCCAACCCCUAUUCCAGCAGGGACACCCAGAGUAGGGUGCCCAGGCCUUUGUCCAAUACAUUUAGUAUUUCAGCUUGCAAUGAUAGAUAUCUUAGCAAUAUAUACAACUACUGUGACUUGGUAUUUAUAAUCCCACCUGCAUAAUUUCUAGGACGAUGUAAAGGCUUUUGAAAAACAAUUGGCUGACUUAUGCAGAGAACUUCAGAGAUAUGUACAAAGGAUUCUCUAAAGACAGCCAAAGGAGCAGAUGAAUGAAUGGUAGCACCAGUUCAGACCAGAGAUUAUGGCUAUCCCUAGCAAUGACUCACAGCAAAUUACCAACCUUUGCAAUUGCUUUUCAUCAGGAUGCAUGUAAUUCUAAGAGUUUUAUGAACACAAUUUAAAUAUGAGAGGUAAACAAAAGUAUGUUGGGAACCUCAGGAUUUGCUUUCAGUUCUAAAAAGUGGUGCUUACUUCCUUAAGCAAAAUAAAAUCUGUCAGCCUUGAAAACUGAA